GCGACCUGGAGUUGAUGUCACGUCCGGCGGCGGCGGUGGCGGCAGCGGCGCUGAGUUUUUGUCUCCCGGGCCGUCGGGGCGCGCGCGGGUGUCCCAGGUGCCCCGCCGCCUCCCUCCUUCCCGCAGGACUCAUCCCUCCUGGCCCUGGGCCCCAACGGUGCCCGCUUGCCCGGCGGUCGGUCAGCGCACAGGGCACGGCUUCCUCUGCUUCUCCCGGACCACUUAGUCUCAACCCGGACUCACUUUUCCCCUUCGUCUCUCUCUCUCUUUCUGUCUUUCUGUGUCUCCUCCAAGAAUGAAAUAUGACUGAGGACUCUCAGAGAAACUUUCGUUCAGUAUAUUAUGAGAAAGUGGGGUUUCGUGGAGUUGAAGAAAAGAAAUCAUUAGAAAUUCUCCUAAAAGAUGACCGUCUGGAUACUGAGAAACUUUGUACUUUUAGUCAGAGGUUCCCUCUCCCGUCCAUGUACCGUGCAUUGGUAUGGAAGGUACUUCUAGGAAUCUUGCCUCCACACCACGAGUCCCAUGCCAAGGUGAUGAUGUAUCGUAAGGAGCAGUACUUGGAUGUCCUUCAUGCCCUGAAAGUCGUUCGCUUUGUUAGUGAUGCCACACCUCAGGCUGAAGUCUAUCUCCGCAUGUAUCAGCUGGAGUCUGGGAAGUUACCUCGAAGUCCCUCUUUUCCACUGGAGCCAGAAGAUGAAGUGUUUCUUGCCAUAGCUAAAGCCAUGGAGGAAAUGGUGGAAGAUAGUGUCGACUGUUACUGGAUCACCCGACGCUUUGUGAACCAAUUAAAUACCAAGUACCGGGAUUCUUUGCCCCAGUUGCCAAAAGCGUUUGAACAGUACUUGAAUAUGGAAGAUGGCAGACUGCUGACUCAUCUGAGGAUGUGUUCCGCGGCGCCCAAACUUCCUUAUGAUCUCUGGUUCAAGAGGUGCUUUGCGGGAUGUUUGCCUGAAUCCAGUUUACAGAGGGUUUGGGAUAAAGUUGUGAGUGGAUCCUGUAAGAUCCUAGUUUUUGUAGCUGUCGAAAUUUUAUUAACCUUUAAAAUAAAAGUUAUGGCACUGAACAGUGCAGAGAAGAUAACAAAGUUUCUGGAAAAUAUUCCCCAGGACAGCUCAGACGCGAUCGUGAGCAAGGCCAUUGACUUGUGGCACAAACACUGUGGGACCCCGGUCCAUUCAAGCUGAACGCACCCGCUGGUUGUGGACCGUCUGCCAGGCACCACAGAAGGCAUAAAUGUUGGCUGACUGUCAAAUGCUUGUGGGAGGUCCCCACGGAGUGGAGAAGCGGGAGACUCAGCUUAACCACAGACAAAGUUGUGCAUGAGAGGUGAGAGGGAGGAGCUGGAAGCCGGGGCUUGGAGGCAGUCCAUGAUCUUUCCGUCUGUGAUCCUCAGUGUCAGAAAACUAUGUAAUCACUCAAGACAGGCAAAUGGGAUAACUGGAUGGAUGCUGAGGAAGUGUGAACUCAAGAAGGUAGAGGGAAAGCCACGACACGUCGGCGUAGCAGGGAGGUUAAGGGCAUUGCCUUAGAGUCAGGCAGACCUGGGUUUGGAAGCCCCUCUGCCACUUACCAUCUGUGUGACUUUGCCCACGUUGUUGUUUGGGGACCUGAGUUUCCUCAUCGGUGACCAAGGUGUUGUAAGGGUUAAGGAAAAUGGUGCAUGAAGAUGGCCUAACAGAGUGCCUGGGGUACGGUAAGUGUUUACUGUGUGGGAGCUGUUAGUGGUGCUGUUGGGGUAGGAAUCAAGUGACCAGCUAGCCAGAGUUAGAAAUCAGGGCCGCCACCUGCCAGGUGUCAGAAGAGACAGCUAUUUGUUCAUACUUUUUUUUUUUUUGUAUGCUUCUCAUUGAGUUCCAAGGUUGCCUACAUGAGACCUCUCUUGGACUCCUUUCAGGGAAGCUUAGUUGCUCAGUGCCCGAGGGCCCUUGUUAAACCCUGGUUGUCCCUGAGGUGGUCACCACAACAUGGCCACAUCAAUAGCAUCCCUCACAGGACUCCCAGAUCACACACACCAGAAGGGUCUGCUCGGGAAGCCUGAGGAGAGCGAUGUAGCAGGGGACAGGAGGUGAGGCUGGCGGAAGUGAGCAAGGGCCACACUGUCACUACGGAUGCCACACUGCAGAGUGGGGCUUGAUGGGUAAGACAGUGGAGGCAGGUACCAAGAGGGAGGGUGGGGUGAGCCCAUCUGAGUUUGGAGACAUGACUCUCAUGGCAGGACUGGAUGCUGAGGCCACAGGCAGAAAGAUCAUGGCUGCCGUCAUCCAGGUGGGAGAACCUUUUUCAAAAAUUAGUAUAUCUGUAUUUUAUUUUAUUAUUUAUUUAUGUUUCAAUAGAUUUUGGGGUACAAGUGGCUUUUUAUUAUUUUUUGGAGACAGAGUUUUGCUCUUGUUGCCCAGGCUGGAGUGCAAUGGCACGAUCUCAGCUCACUGUAACCUCUCCCUCCCGGGUUCAAGCGAUUCUCCUGCCUCAGCCUCCCAAGUAGCUGGGAUUACGGGCACCCACCACCACACACAGCUAAUUUUUUGUAUUUUUAGUAGAGAUGGGGUUUCACCAUGUUGGCGAAGCUGGUCUCGAACUCCUGACCUCAGGUGAGCCACCUGCCUCGGCCUCCCAAAGUGUUGGGAUUACAGGUGUGAGCCACUGUGUCCGGCCUCACAAGUGACUUUUUGUUACAUGGAUAAAGUAUAUAGUAGUUUAUUCUGAGAUGUUAGUGCUCCCGUCACCUGAGUAGUGUACAUUGUAGCUAAUGUGUAAUUUUUCAUUCCUACCCUCCUCCCACCCUCCCCCUUCUGAGUCCCCAAAGUCCAUUAUCUCAUUUUUAGGCCUUUGUGUCCUCAUAGCUUAGCUCCCACUUAUGAGUGAGAACAUACGAUACUUGGUUUUCCACUCCUGUGUUGCUUCACUUAGAAUAAUGGCCUCUAGCUCCAUCCAAGUUGCAGGACACUCUACGAUACCCUGCUGCUUUUUAGAAAACCUGGGCCAGGGGCUUGGGACAGAUCUGAGCUACAGCCAUAGACAGGGAGUCAUCUGAAGCCACACCCGUGGAGGAGAUCACUUAGGACCUGUGGAGAGUGAGCCAGGGAGCGUUUCCCGAGUCAAACGAGUCAAACGUGUCCUUUGGCUUAACAGGUUAAGUAGCUACAUCCGCAGAGCACCCUCAAGCCUGCGAUGCUGUAGGGGACAAAGCAUUGUGUCGUAGACAUCACCCAUCAAGACCCAAGAGCACUCCAGGGUGUUUUGCCCAAGGGCAGGGAGAGGCAGAAGGAUGUCAGAUAACCUGAUUGAUGGCUUCGGGAUGAGGACCCAUGAAGGCACUUGGGAGGGUAGGUCCCAGGGCCACCCAGCUCUCCAGGAGGGCAGUGCAUGGCAGGGAGGGACUGCAGGGACAGAUGGCAGAUUUGUGGUGACCUGAAGGAGAGGAAUCUAAACUGUUAGAGAGACAGGCCUCAGCCGGACUUGCUUUAAAGUUAACUCUUUCUUAAUGACUAAGUUGAAUGUUUUAAAAAUGCCAAUAUUCCCAAAUCAUGGACAAGUUGAUGCUCCAAAGAAUAUUAGGAACAUCUAAUUCACUGUCUCUGUUUUCCAUAUGAGGAAAUUGAGGCCCAGAUAAACAGAUGCGAUAGACACACCAGGCUGCCCCUUCCUGCAGAGAGAGAAUGUGUAGCCACAACCUUUGUUUCCUUGGGAAAGGGCUCCCUCCGUAGCAGGAUUAUGGCCAGUUUCCUUCCCUCUUGCCAGGCAGUCUGCUAGGAGUUUUAUCAAAGCUGUUUCUUUCUUGUCCUUUCACUGCCCUAAAACUUGCAAUCAAGUUCUCAGAUUAAUUUAUCAAAAGUCAGAGAGUGGCCGGGCGCAGUGGCUCACGCCUGUAAUCCUAGCACAUUGGGAGACCGAGGCGGGCAGAUCACGAGGUCAGGAGUUCAAGACCGGCCUGACCAACAUGGUGAAACCCUCUCUCUACUAAAAUACAAAAAUUAGCCAGGCGUGGUGGUGGGCACCUGUAAUCUCAGCUGCUCAAGAGGCUGAGGCAGGGGAAUCGCUUGAACCCAGGAGGCAGAGGUUGCAGUGAGCUGA